UAAGGUGUUGUUUACAAAGACAAAACUAGGGAAAAUCGACACGUUCUAAAGAAAAGACAGAGACGUUUCUGGUCGGCGAAGUUUCCUUCCUUACCUUUCUUGUUCCCUACUCCUUCCUCUUCUUCUUCUUCUUCUUCUCUAUUUCCCCUUCUUUCUAUCUCUCUCACUCUGUCUCUGCAAUUUUCUGAAAAUGGGUUUGUUGGAUUCACUUCUCAAUUGGCUCCGCAGCUUAUUCUUUAAGCAGGAAAUGGAACUAUCUCUCGUCGGUCUUCAGAAUGCAGGAAAAACAUCUCUUGUUAAUUCCAUUGCUACAGGGGGCUAUAGUGAAGACAUGAUUCCCACCGUUGGAUUUAAUAUGAAAAAAGUUACAAAGGGAAAUGUGACGAUAAAGCUUUGGGACCUUGGAGGGCAACGAAGGUUUCGUACCAUGUGGGAGCGUUACUGCCGUGGGGUCUCUGCUAUCGUAUAUGUAGUUGAUGCUGCUGAUAGAGACGGUGUUCCGAUAUCCCGAACUGAGUUACACGACCUCUUGACUAAACCUUCCUUGAGUGGAAUUCCUUUGCUUGUUCUUGGUAACAAAAUUGACAAGUCAGAAGCUCUUUCGAAGCAAGCUUUGGUGGAUCAGCUAGGUCUGGAAUCAAUCAGUGAUAGAGAGGUGUGCUGCUACAUGAUUUCAUGCAAAGAUUCCGUAAAUAUAGAUGUCGUCAUCGAUUGGCUAAUCAAGCACUCGAGAUCCGCCAAAUAAGCAGGGGUGGAAUGUUUUCUCCUAUUUUGUCUCCUUGCAGGUGAAGGAAAGGACCCGUGUCUACAAGUUGAAAUUAUUCAUUGAAAUUCCCUUCGAUUUAUGUUGUGUGUGAUCCGAACAAGUUUUUCGUGAACUGCUCGAACGAUUUAGGCCUAGCUUGGAUGUAUGAUUAAUGCCCCCUUUGCAGAAUAUUAAGGGAGGCAUUAAUCUCCUUUAAUGGAGUCCAAAGAGUGAAUUAGUUUUUAAUGUAAGUUAUGAUCUACUUCAGUGUGAUUGGUGUCCAAA